GGUGAUGAAAAUAAGGGAGUGCCAAGGGAGACAUCCUGUGUUAGUGGGGAGGGAAAUGACUACAAGUUGCCAAAGAGGAGGCCUGGUAGGCCAAAGGGCUCGAAAAACAUAAGGAAAAUACAUGGUGUUAGUGAAAAUAGGAUUGGUGAUGCAAAUUGGUGGCUUCCUGGCAGUCAUUGUGGUGAUAAGAUUCUUAGGCUUGGGGAUUUAGAGAAUGAGAGGAAUUAUCUUGGAAGUAAGGAAGAUAAUGAAACACCUACAGGAUCUCCUGGUGCCAAUGAUGGUAGAAGGGAGAAUGAUCAGCCAACUGGAGGUGAUAAUGAAGGUGGAACUGGAAAUUUCUGGUCAAAGGAUAAACAAGACAUCUCACAUUCAUGUGAUAAGUUGUUAACUGGGGAUAGACGAGAAGGGGAAAGCCAAAAAAAUAGGGAAGUAUUGGGCAAUGAUGAGCAGCAAAGCAGGCAGAAGCAUGAGCAGGGCCAACCAAGAUUUUCAAGGAACCAGCGGACAGUUCUUAUUGGUCAGGCUUUAGAGAAGAUUUUGGUACAGAAGAAUGCAAUUCCUAUCCACCACACUAAGAUAGAACAGAAAGGAGGAGAACAUUUGGGACAAAAUGGGGGUCUUAGGGGCAAUAUGGAAGACAAGACUGCUGCUGAUUUUGGUAAUCAUCAGAAGAGAGGUAGGGGAAGGCCAAAGAAGUCCAUCAAGGAAUCAGAAAAUUCAGGAUUUUCUGAUUUUAGCAGCUGGGAAAAGAAGCAAAGCGGUUUGAUGUGCCACCAGUGUUUGAGGACUGAUCAAAGUGGUGUUGUGAUUUGCUCCAGUUGCCAAAAGAAACGCUAUUGCUACAAGUGCCUUGCCAAAUGGUACCCUGAGAAAACAAGAGAGGAAAUAGAGGUUGCUUGCCCGUUUUGUCGGGGCAAUUGCAAUUGCAGAGUAUGCCUGAAGGAAGAUGUGGUUGUGCUGGCUGGGGACGAAGAGGUUGAUACAAACGUCCAGUUACGAAAGCUGAUUCAUCUCUUACACAAAACGCUGCCUAUCCUUCGGCACAUUCAGCAGGAGCAGAACUCUGAAUUAGCAGUUGAAGAAAACAUACGUGGUGUCCAGAUGAGAGAAGAGGAUAUACUCGUAUCUGUGCUAGAUGAUGAUGAUAGAGUGUAUUGCGACAAUUGCAAAACAUCCAUUGUCAAUUUCCAUAGAAGCUGCACAAAUCCUAAUUGUUCUUAUGAUCUCUGUCUCACUUGCUGUUGGGAGAUAAGAAAAGGACUUAAUCCUGGACGUGAUGAGGCAGAAUCUUCUCACCAACAACGUGCUGAAAGUGCACAUAGUCAAGAUUGGUGUUCAGAUUCUGAUGGUAGCAUUCUUUGUCCUCCAAAAGAAUGGGGAGGUUGCGGCAGUGAGAAGCUCGCAUUGAGACGCAUCUUUCAUGCUUAUUGGGUUGAUGGACUGAUUAAGAGUGCAGAGGAACUUACUAUCAAUUAUCACUCACCAAAGCUGGAUUUUUCUGAAAGAUGCCCUUUGUGCGAUUCUAUCAGUUCUGCAGGAAGUGAAAUAAAGGAUUUUGGUGCAAGACGGGCAGCUUAUAGAGAGAACUGUCAUGAUAACUUUCUAUACUGUCCGGAUGCUACUCAAUUGGAAGGCAAGGAUAUCCAACAUUUUCAAAUGCAUUGGAUGAGAGGGGAACCUGUCAUAGUUAGAAAUGUACUCGAAAAUGCUUCUGGUCUUAGUUGGGACCCAAUGGUCAUGUGGAGGGCUUUCAGAGGUGCAAGAAAGGUAAUGAAAGAAGAAGCACAGAAGUUUAAGGCCAUAGAUUGCUGGGAUUGGUGUGAGGUGGAAAUCAAUAUUUUUCGAUUCUUCAAGGGUUACAUAGAGGGACGUUGGUACAAAAAUGGUUGGCCUGAGAUGUUGAAGCUGAAGGAUUGGCCUCCAUCUAAUUCAUUUGGAGAGUGCUUGCCAAGACAUUGUGCUGAAUUUGUUGCAAUGCUUCCUUAUAAGGAUUAUACACAUCCAAAAUCUGGCCUUCUGAAUCUUGCAACUAAGCUUCCUGAAGUUCUGAAGCCAGAUUUGGGUCCUAAAACGUACAUCGCAUAUGGAUCUACAGAAGAGCUUGGUAGAGGUGAUUCAGUAACAAAACUGCACUGUGAUAUUUCUGAUGCGGUCAAUGUCCUGACUCAUAUGACCCAAGUGAAGAUUCCUCGAUGGCAACGUAGAAUUAUAAACAGAUUAAAGAAAAAGUAUGAAGCUGGAGAUUUGGGUGAGCAUUCUGUUGGGAAAAGAAGGGCAUUGGGUAGAGUCAGAAGGAAGCGAGGAAAAAGAGCUUAUAAAGUUAAACGAAGGGACUUCAAAUACUCUGGAAAAUCAAAUAAACAGAGAGAGGAAAAGAAAUUGGAUGAACAACCAACUAAAUCCAAGGAAUUGGGAAUUCCGAAGUCGUAUGAGAUUACCUGUGGUCUGCCAUGUUCUUCUUCCUUAGAAAGUUCGACCAUUAAUAAUGACCAACAAUAUAUUGGAGAAGUAGAUAGAGAUAUGGAGAGUUUUGGUAGUCACAUUACUACUGCCAUUAAGCAUCAUGCUAAAAUGGAACUUCGUAGUAACGAACAGAAAGAUAAGUAUGGAGUUAGUAAUAUAGGGUCAGUCAAGCUAGAUGCAAAUGAAAAGAUGGAAUCUAUUCUAGAGAAAGACAAUUCAGAUGUCGCAUCUGGUGGUGCUGUUUGGGAUACUUUUUGUAAGCAUGAUGUGUCCAAGCUCACUGAGGUACAGCUAGAGGAAGAGAAAUUGGAUGGACAACAAAUUAAAUCCAAGGAAUUGGAUGUUACAGAGUCAUACGGGAUUACUUGUGGUCUGCCAUGUACCUCCUUAAAAAGUUUGAGCAUUAAUAUGGCUGAGAAAUCCAUUGAAGGUCUAGAUGGAGGGAUGAAUAAUUUCGAUAAUCAUAUUGCUGCGCACACCAACCAUCCUGUUCGGAUGAAACUUCGCUGUCGCAGACGCAAAGAUGUAUAUGGAGUAAGUGAUUUAGGGCCAGUCAAGCUAGAUACGAAUGAAGGUAAGGAAUUUAUUCAGGGGAGGGAGAAUUCAGAUGUGGCAUAUGGUGGUGCUGUUUGGGAUAUUUUUCGUAGGCAGGAUGUACCCAAGCUGAUUGAGUUUUUAUUGAAGCACCAAAGCGAGUUCCAUCAUAAUAGUAAUCUUCCGGUGAAUGUUGUUUAUCAUCCUAUUCACGAUCAGACCCUUUAUCUAAACGAGAGACAUAAGAAGCAGCUGAAGGAGGAGUUUGAUGUUGAACCUUGGACAUUUGAACAACGCCUUGGGGAGGCUGUAUUCAUUCCUGCAGGAUGUCCUCAUCAAGUGAGAAAUAGACAGUCAUGCAUUAAAGUGGCCCUUGAUUUUGUAUCUCCUGACAAUGUCGAAGAAUGCAUCCGGUUGACAGAGGAAUUUCGUUUGCUUCCUAGAUACCAUAGAGCUAAGGAAGAUAAACUAGAGGUGAAGAAAAUGGCACUAUAUGCUGUAAGUUCUGCCGUCGCCGAAGCCAAAAAUCUGAUUAUGAAACAUGAGGUGCCACGUCCCACCAGCCUCGUGGAUCAGACACCACAGCCUCCACACAGGCCCUUACCUUUCCUUGAGGAGUCAGGUGGCAGGGUCUACAACAAGGAGGAUAAAUCUGUUUCUAACCUGACCAAUGAUGGCAGUGGAUUGACAAGAGGUUCCGGGACAAAGUUUACACAAGAGCAGAAAGAAAAGAUGCUCAUGUUUGCUGAGCAAAUUAGGGGGAAGGUCAAUAAUCACAAUGAAGCUGCCGUGGAUCAGUUUUGUGCUGAGAUUGGAGUUAAAAAGCCGAUUCUUAAGGUCUGGAUGAAUAACAACAGGCAUACUAUUUGGCGGAAAGGAUAUGAGAUGGCCGUGGGAGCAGCCAAUGCAACUGAAGAUUCUCGUUGCUCAUCCAAACAAGACGAGGAAGGCCGGUUUGUAAGCAACUACUGCAACUGAAUAUUCUCAGCGUUCAUCGAGAGGAGACGAGGAAAGCCAGAAAGCAGCCAUUGCUACUGAUUAUUCUCAGGUGUAAAUAGCCAAAUCCUGGUAGAAGUUAGUUGCUGUAAAUAUGUGUUAUUAGGUUCUGUUUGAUGACUAAUUAGAGAUUUUCCUUGCUGUUUGUUAGAUUAUGAAUUGGUUCCUUGGUAAUCUUCUUAGAUGAGGAAAUCUUGUUUAUUAAGGUCUAUAAAGCAGGAGUGCCUGGUAGCCACUAUUGACUAGUUGAUGAUAAAGGCUCUUAAUUUCAUACUGCCAUUUCUAUGAUCAUUAGUUGUUGUUGUUGAUAA